AUGCGCACACUGAAAGAGAAGCUAACUCAGUCCUUUCUUCUUCUGAAAAGAACGUUAGAGACUAAAGUAGAGCCAGCAAAGCCUGAUAAUGCGCCAUUUGUUCAAGACGUGCUUAAAAGGCUUAAUGAAAUAGCAAAAAGCAAAGAAGAUCAGUCUAUGGCAGUACGGAAUAAAGAAAAGGACACAAGGGAAAUUCAAAGUAUAAAAGAAGGAAUUGAGUCUCUUUUGAAAAUUGCAGGAAGGCAGGAGCAGGUGCAAAAGCAGCUGGAGACACAAAGACAGCAGGAAGUGAAAAAACAAGAGGAAAUCAAAAGACAGCAGGAACUGCAGAAAAAGCAGGAGGAAACAAGGCAGCAGAAAAUACAGUAUGCUCGGGAGAAUAAAGAGUAUCUGGAGCAACUAGAAAGAAUGACAUCAUCCAGUUCGUCCUCAGGUUCAUCAUCCAGCUCAUCGUCCAGUUCCUCAAGCUCAUCAUCAAGCACAGACAAGGAAAGUGACAAAGAACAUCAGGAUAAUGAAUCUGAAUGCUCAAUUUCCAGCUAUAUUAAUUCCUUCUUCACGCAAAAGCCACAGGCUGAGGCCAAAUAUAUUCCAUUAGGGCAGAAACCGUCAAAGAUAUCAAAGAUGCCAAAGGAACAGAAAAGCCAGGACACACAUAAAAAGGAGAAGUCUACAAGUAGAGUGUGUGGAGUACCUGCUGCAUCUUCCAAAGAGUCUUCCAAUGCAAAGGAAAUGAUGCAAAUAAAGAAUACUAAUGAACUGCCCAGUAAGCGAGAAAAACAAAAAAAUAUCCAGACGGCCAAAACAAUUCCCUUGGAAACAAAAAAGCCUAUGCUUUCUUCGCUAGUGCCAAAAAAAGAGAGCACUUCCGAAAAAGACAUAAAAAAGACAAGAAGCACAGCAGCACAAAGCACACAGAUACCGGUUGCCAAAAAGAUAGUGCCAAUUGUGAUUGGAGGAAGGAUUCGGGCGGAUGUCUUAUCUGAGGAGUCUGGGGAUACACCAAACCCAUCUGCAUCCUCUGACAACUCCAUAUCUGAGUCUGUAUCAACUGCAGACAUUUCCACAAGCAGUCCCGUAUUUAGUAACCCUGAGAUGGUGCGUGUUGAGGACAAGCUGAAGUUUAUUAGCAAACAGGGAACAGUAGAGGACGAUGCCAGGCUCUAUGGAAUGAUCACCAAGACAAUUGAAAAAAUGAAAGAGCGAAAGGACUUUGAGGCAAUAAAAAUGUCAAUGCAGAUGGACAUUGCAAGAAAGUAUAUAAAGGACUUUAUCGAUCUUCGAAUGGCCAUGCAGAAGAGCCAGCCUGAUGCAACAAAGCAGGAUAAAAUAAACAAAAGAAAAAGACUGCAAAGAAGACUUGACUCAACAGCACCCUAUAAUUAG